GGGAGUAAGUGGCAGACGAGAAGUCACAGAUGACUCAGUGUCUAUCUGAGGAAACCCGGUAAUUCGGAACGGUAUAAAAACUGGCAUUUCUGCUUUCAAACAUCGGAAAACAACGUCAGCAGAAUCAGAAUCAUGUCUGAUCCUUGGUCUGAUCUGUUGAAGCUGUUGGGUGACAACCUGCAGAGAAAGGUUGGCGAGAAGGAGUCGGUGGAGACCAAGUCGCUGCUGGGGGAGGGGCGGUACUUGGGGCUGUACUUCUCGGCGCACUGGUGCCCGCCGUGCGUGGCAUUCACGCCCAAACUGGCCGAGUUCUACAAGGACUUCAAGAUCACCGAGAUGGGCAAGAACUUCGAGAUCAUCUUCGUGUCGUCUGAUAAAGAUCAAGCCAGCUUUGAUGAGUAUUACGCGACGAUGCCGUGGCUAGCCCUGCCGUACCCUGACCGAGACACAAAGGCAAAGUUGUCCAAAAAGUUCAAGGUACAAGGCAUCCCCACAUUUGUCAUCCUGGAUGCGUGCACAGGGAAAGUCAUCACCAAGGACGGCAGAUUACGUGUUUCCGAGGACCCGGUGGGAGCGUUCUUUCCCUGGCACCCCCCACCACUGUCGGAGAUCCUGCAGGGCAAGCUGCUUCGCCGCAAUGAGGACACAACUGAAGAGGUUGACAUUUCCACACUUGCCGGGAAGCCUGUCGGACUGUACUUCUCAGCACAUUGGUGUCCUCCCUGCCGUAAGUUCACCCCAGUACUGGCAAAGGCGUACCAGAAGAUCAAGGAAGACAACAAGGAUUUCGAGAUCAUCUUCGCCAGCUCAGACCGUUUGGAGGAUUCAUUCAACGAUUACUUCAAAACCAUGCCUUGGUUGGCAUUGCCAUACGAAGACCCCAGGAAAACAACACUGUCACAGAUGUAUGGUAUUACAGGAAUUCCAACCUUGAUCAUUGUGGAAAACCUGCAGACAGGCAAGAUCAUCACAAAGGAAGGGAGGGAGGCAGUCGGCAGUGAUCCAGAAGGAAAGGAGUUCCCAUGGAUGUCCAAGCCCCUGAACCUGCUGGACCAACAGCAUGCAGGAACUCUGAACAGAGAGACAUCUGUCAUUCUGUUUACAGAUGGGAGUGACAAGGGACUGGAAGACGCUAAGCAGGCGCUCCAGCAAAUAGCAGAUGAGUCUUAUGCCAAGGCCACAGAAAAGGGCGAUGACCCAGAAAUGUAUUUCUUUUAUGCAGGAGAGGAUGACCUUGUUGAUUCCCUCCGAGACUUUGCCAACCUGGACGAUCGCGAACCCCAACUGGUCGUUCUGGACAUCCCAGACCAGAAGAUCUAUGUCUGUCCUGAGGAGGAGAUCACCCAGGAAGUGGCCAAAGCCUUCAUAGACCAGUACCUGGCAGGCAGCUUACAGGCCGCCCCUCUUAGGGGAUAGGUCGGGAGGUCAGGGGUCAGCUGUCAUGGGGGUCACAGGUCAAGAGGUACAUGCCAAGGGUCAAUUUAGUACCACUAUGGCACUUUUAAUGUCAUUUUGUAUAGUAUCACAUCAUGUGUAUGCUAGAAGAAAGAGAAUUUGUCAGCUGAGAAAUCAUGGGUUGCUCAGUAUUUGCCUUCCCUAGUCAUAUUGUGGUCAAUGUCCUGUUCACUUUGUACAUGUAAUGGUGGUAUGGUAUAAAGGGAAUGAAAUAAACAUAAAAGAUAAACAGCAAUUACUAGUAAAUUAUAGGUAUUGAAUACAAAUAUAGAAUGCAGAAUUUGUAAGUCAAGCAUUCCUACAUGCAUGCAAAACAGUGUGUUGUGCCUUAUCACAUUGGAAACCAUUGGAGGACAAACUUAAAUCAUGCAACAACAAAGUUAAAGUACAGUAUCUGAAAGAGUAGUCAACAAUGAUAAGGUGUAAUCUCCAAUGUAAUAGCGCAGAAAGGGUCUCUUGAAAAGAUAAGUCCUGCACUGAUUACAGUUUAUUUUUCUCUCAGAGAAAAUUGGAGAAUUCAUAUCAUCUGCUAUCUGAUCAAC